AUGUCGACAUCUCCACAUCCGAUCUUCGAAAGUCUUGGCCCACUACCAGGUUCGCAAUGGGCACUUGAUAUGCAUGAAGAUGAUGCGUUGUGUUGGAGAUAUACAGCUGUCAUGGUAGUCAUACAAAUGUGGAUAUUUGGUCGGGUGAGUGGUAACAGGAUUUCGAUGAAAGAUGCCAAAGCAGGCAGAAUGGAAAGGGAGCGAGCACGCAGAGAACGAAGUGCUAUUAUUGAGGCCGAAUCAACAUCUGCGAAACUAACGAAUGGACUGGAUGGCAUUUGUGAAGUCGAGAAUGGUAUGUUGGGAAAGGCAGAUCUUGGACGGCAUGACGAAGUAUUGGAAGCUAGUGAUGGGAAUACGACGGAAACGAGCGAAGAGGAGAUCAUUGUAUAA